AGUUUUAUCCUGACUUCUCCUCACCUCUACUUCCAGAAUCCACUGAAAUUUCUAAAGCACCACCAAUGAAAACAUCUCUGGAGAUGGUGGUGUUUGAGGAUGUGGCUGUGGACUUCACCUGGGAAGAGUGGCAGCACCUGGAUGACGAGCAGAGGACCCUGUACCGGGAUGUGAUGCUGGAGACCUACAGUCACCUGGAGUCACUGGGGCAUACAGCCAUCAAGCCACAAGUGAUCAUGAAGUUGGAGCAAAGUGCAGAGCCGUGGAUGGGGGAUCCCCCAGAGCAGAGCCUCCCAGAUAUUCAGCCUAAGCAUGAUUUGCUUGAGCAUAUUCAGAGAAAUCAGUGUAGACAACUUUGGCAAGAUAAAAUCACCAAAAGAAAAGAAGCAACAAAUGAGAGAAAUGAUUUUAACAUCACGUUAAAUUUUAGAUCUAUCCACUUUUCAGAAGUGAUGUUAAAUAGUGGAAACUGUUCUGUCAUGAUGCCUGCAAAAUAUGAUGUGUGCCAGAGGAGAUUUCUGGCUACAGACCCUCAUGAGAUCCACCCUCUAAAGAAAGUUGAGGACCACGAGACAUUCUUUAAAAUAGCUAAUUUCACUAAGUAUCCAGAAAUGCACAGUGGUGAAAAACCUCAUGAAUGUUAUAGAGGAAGUCAGCUUUCAGUCCUCAAUAUAUGUCAGAGAACACAUAUUCUAGAAAAAAUACCUGAAUUUAAUGAAUGUGAAAAAACAUCCCAAUCACAGAAACUCAUUGAACACCAAGGAAUUCAUAUAGAAGAGAAACCAUAUGAAAGUAAAGAAUUUAGGGAAAUAUUCUCAAGGAUUAUCUCUCAACAUGAGAGUAUUCAUACAGGAGUUAAAUCCUAUGAAUGUAAGAAAUGUGGGAAAAUAUUCUCAAGGAAGUCCCAUUUCACUCAACAUGAGAGAAUUCACACAGGAGAGAAACCGUAUGAAUGUAAAGAAUGUGGGAAAAUAUUCUCAAGGAAGUCCCACCUCACUCAGCAUGAGAGUAUUCAUACAGGAGUGAAACCCUAUGAAUGUAAAGAAUGUAGGAAAAUAUUCUCGAGAAAGUCACACCUCACUCAACAUGAGAGAGUUCACAUAGGAGAGAAACUGUAUGAAUGUAAUGAUUGUAGGGAAAUAUUCUCAAGGAAGUCACACCUCACUCAGCACAAAAGAAUUCAUAUAAGAGAGAAGACCUAUGAAUGUAAUGAAUGUAGGAAAUCUUUUUCAAGGAAAUCAGACCUUACUAAACAUGAGAAAAACCACACAGAAGAGAAACCCUAUAAAUGUAAAGAAUGUAGAAAAACUUUCUCACGAAAGUCAAGCCUCACUGAACAUGAAAAAAUUCACACAGGUGAAAAACUAUAUGAAUGUAAAGAAUGCAGGAAAAUAUUUCCAUGGAAGUCAAGCCUCACUCAACAUGAAAGAAUUCAUACAGGAGAGAAACUAUAUGAAUGUAAAGAAUGUAGGAAGACAUUUUUAUGGAAGUCAAGCCUCACGCAACAUGAGAGAAUCCACACAGGAGAGAAGCCCUAUGAAUGUAAAGAAUGCAGAAAAACAUUCUCAAAGAAGUCACUCCUCACUCAACAUGAGAGAAUUCACACAGGAGAGAAGCCCUAUGAAUGUAAAGAAUGUGGGAAAACUUUCUACAGAAGAAAUGGUCUCAUUCUACAUCAUAGUUUUCACACAGUAGAGAAACCUUAUGAGUGUAAAGAAUGUAGGAAAACUUUCGCAUGUAAGUCAAGACUCACUGAUCAUAAGAGAAUGCACACAAGAGAGAGACCUUUUGAAUGUAAAGAAUGCAGGAAAAGUUUCUUGUGGAAAUCAUGCCUGACUCAACAUGAGAGAAUUCACACAGGAGAGAAACCAUUUGAAUGUAAAGAAUGUCGGAAAACCUUCUCACAGAAGUCCAAUCUCACUGAACAUGAGAGAAUUCACACGGGUGAGAGACCUUAUGAGUGUAAAGUCUGUAGAAAAACAUUCUCCUGGAAAUCAGGCCUUGGUCAUCAUGAGAGAAUUCAAGAAGAGAAAUCCUAUGAAUGUAAAAUAUGCAGAAAACUUUGAAGGAAGUCAGGCUUCACUACACAUGAGAAUUCACACAUGGGAGAAAUCUUAUGGAUGUAAAGAAUGUAGGAAAACUUGGCCUUAAACAGAGCCUCAAGAUACACAAUAGCUCACACUGGAGUGUAAAUCAAGAUUGCAGAAGCUGACCAUGUUUUCACCAAAAUGAAACUUUCUUUUGGGCAAACCACUAUUCUUUAUCAUUCCUCCUCUUUUCUACAUGCCUGACCCUGUAGCUUAGCUGUGACCAGGGUAAAUAGGAAAUACAAGAAUGAACAUUACUUUCAUGAAUGCUCAUCAAAAACAAAAAGUGCUAUGAAUUACUUCCUGAUUUUUUUUAAUGUAUUGUGGUUCUAGGGUUUAGCUGAGCCCCAGAUUGACCUUGAAGACCACAGGAUGAAGACAACAGCAUGCAACAAAACAGGUUUGAUUAUUUGGGGACAGCAGUUUUUUGUAAUUCAACUUCAGUAUUCUAGUAUAAUCGGGUAUAAAUAAAUAUGUAUUGAGCCAAUCCAUGAGUGAUUUAUCUAAAACACUAUCAGAUCGUUGUCAUCACAACA